ACGCAUUGAGAUGAUGGUGAUGUGGCCCCGUCUUUCCCUCCCACUGAUCUGAUCUCACAGUGCGAGAGACGCGCUGCGCCGCGCAUGCGCACACGCGUGAGGCUCAGUGUUGGCGAGAAGGAAAAAAGGCGAGCAGAACAGCGACACAUCGGUCUGCCUAUGGCCGAACGAGCCACGGCGCUGUGAAAUAUCGCAACAAAGAGAGAGUCUGACUGUAAAUAAUACAGGUGGAAGCGACCGAGCAGGGGAAGCGCCGCAUGGCUCUUCAUAUGAACGUUGUGGCUUGAGAGGAGGACAUUAUGUUUACAUGAGGGCUCUUGAGACAGAGCGCUGACCGUUGAAAGAUUCGCAGAGUCGGGUUGCGUUGAUCGGUGAAGACAUUGCCGAAGAUGCUGAAGAGAUUGGCCGCGCCGGCGUCAUGCAGCAGCUGCCUUCUUGCCUUCCUCCUCGCCUUCGUCUCGCCCAGGUGUACGCUGUCUAUCGGUGCCGACAAAACUAUGGUGAACAAGGAGGAUUAUUAUAGCGCCACUGUCAACGCCACCGUUUUGGACCAUAAAGGCAACCCUCAACAGAUGGUGACGAAGAAUGACGGGCGCUAUGGGCAAAAUUCCCCCAAAACAGAGGCGAAGGGGAUCGUGAUUGCACCUGCUGCUGUUAAUGGGGCAGUGGAUUUGCAAGGCUGCUGUUCACCCACCCGGUUCAUAGUCCCUCCGAAAACCACACACUGGGUGGCCAUUAUGCAGAGAGGGAAGUGCACCUUCAAGGAGAAGAUCCUUAAGGCAGCUGCUUUCAAUGCCUCGGCUGUCAUUAUCUACAAUAACAGCACCAAAGAGGACACAGUCACGAUGGCUCAUGAAGGCACUGGAGACAUAGUGGCAGUAAUGAUCACAGAGUCCUUUGGAAAGGAGAUUCUGGGUUUCCUGGAGAAGAACCAGACUGUGUUGGUGUCCGUGAUGGUUGGGUCACGAGGGCUGCCCAAGAACAUCAACCGCGGCUCCUUGGUGUUCGUCUCCAUCUCCUUUAUCGUACUGAUGAUUAUCUCCUCUGCUUGGCUGAUCUUCUACUUCAUCCAGAAGAUCAGAGACACCAGCGCACGGGACCGCAGUCAGCGACGGCUGGGAGAUGCUGCCAAGAAAGCCAUUAGCAAGCUGACUACCAGGACAGUAAAAAGAGGGGAUAAGGAAACAGAGCCAGAUUUUAAUCACUGUGCAGUGUGCAUUGAAGGUUAUCAGCUAAACGAUGUGGUCCGGAUCCUACCCUGCAAGCACGUCUUCCAUAAAAUGUGUGUGGAUCCGUGGCUAAAUGAGCACUGCACCUGUCCAAUGUGUAAACUCAACAUCCUCAAAGCUCUGGGAGUUUUGCCCAACCUGCCCUGCGUGGACAACAUGGCUUUUGACAUGGAUCGGAUGUCCCGCAGUCAGACUUCCAGCCAGAGGACAGCGCUGGUGGACUUGUCCUCGGAGACCAGCAUCAGUCUGGAGCCUCUACGCCACUCCAGUUCCUCCCAGCUUCCCUCCGACGAAGAGCUCAUUACUCGCUCCGGAGAGAUCAACAUUGCUGUCACUAGUGGUCAUUUCUUCAACCGUAAUUCUGUGUCUCCACGCAGCGUUGUCUGUGAGAUGGAGCUUCCAGACAUCCAGGCGUCGCUGGACAUGUAUGACGACAACAAAUCCUGAGGACACGCACCUCCUCCACCUCCAGCCCAUUCCUCCAUCAUCCUCUCCCUGACCCCAGACUGUGGGGAACAACCUUUACGAGUGUGAAAUGGAGUAUUGACAGUGAGCACACUGACCCUGGUGAUAAACUCUACCACUGUAGAAUGAUCUUCAGAGCGAUCGCUCACCUCAAGUGGACGUGAUUGGACUAUUGCACCAUCAUCAGCCUCCUUACACUUUUACACUUAUUUUUUCUCUUACUUUUUGAAAGACUAUUUCAAAAGACAUCUUUUCACAGAUGGCUGUGGGAAGUACCUCUUAAUUUGUUUCUCUAGUCUCCUCGGUUAACCACAAAUGUUGUGUCGACUGUUGUCUCAUGUAUGUAAUUUGCUGACCGUUUUUAAGUUCCCAUGCUUAAUAGUGUUCCAGAUGGGGAAAGAAAGUUCUUCUCUCGUGGACAGUCGUGAAAGCAGGAUCGGAAACUGAGCCUUUAUAGAAGAGCUGUCUGCUUUGUAUCUCUGCUUUUGUAGCUAAACAAGAUGCAAACGAACUUGUCCUUCAUCCGCUGAAAUGCUGCAGCUUCACAGUUUAGUGCUGGCCCAUUAGCACUCGAAACUCCUCGACAAAUCACCGUUACUUCCUUGUAGAAAUAUAUACAGUAUUUCUCUGUACAUAGAAUGAAAAUGUUUUAAACAUGUAUUUAAAGAAAAUCCUAUGGAAUACCUACAGCGAAUACUAAUCAGUUCCAAGCAAGGGGACCUUGUAUGUGUAUAUAUAUAUAUAUAUAUAUAUAUAUAUAUAUAUAUAUAUAUAUAUAUGAAUAUAUAUAUGAAUAUAUACAGUAUUUGCAUAUAAUAAUUCAUAUAUCUCUCUCUCUCAAGUGGCCUCGUAGCACAGUUUGUCUUUCCUGGAUCUUGUCCAUGCACAAGAGUGUCUGUCUCUUUUGUGUUCUUGUUUUCGUAACCAGUUUUUGGGGAAUGACAUUGUGACCAUACUGACCUGCACUCACAGAGAUCUUUGUGCUGAUUCUGCAUCAGUUUUGUUUUCUGUCAUAUGUGGUUGCAGUCAGGACGGGGCUGAAGCUCUACUCUUGAGACGCUAAGUGAGUAAAGGCUCUGCUUUAUGUGGGUCAUGAUUUGGGCUACCUAUGUUACAUACUGCCUCAGCAUUAAACUUGUUAUAAUUGCCUAUGCUGCUUGCUUUCUU